AUGAUCUUGUCAGCAGCGCUGGCGCUCGACGUCCUCUACCUAAGACCCGGGGCUCUGUCGAUAGGGCAACAGGCUCUUGCGCUUCUGUUGUUGCUUAUAGGCUGGUUUACGCAAAUGUCCUUGGGCGGAACGCAUCGGUAUUAUGUGGAAAUGAUACGGAAUGGGUGUUCGCCUCCGCCUCUUUUCCCGAAUGAUCCUUUUGGGGUGCGCUUCCUCCUCGAUGCGGCGCAGCACAUAAAGUCGAAUACGCUGCUCGCGGCCUGGAGCGGACUCUUUCAUACGCUAGGGCACACGUUCAAGCAUCGUGUAUUCCCAGGUCCCGGUGACACGAUUACGACUGAUGAGCCUGAUAACGUGCGUGCCGUGCUCAGUACUCAGUUCGACGACUGGGACAUACCCCGGCUACGUAUUAAAGCGUUUCUCCCCGUCCUUGGUCACUACUCUAUUUUCGCCUCUAAUGGGGAUGCAUGGAAGCGAGCGAGAACAACUCUGCGACCGGCUUUUGUCCGUGAUCAGGUUGCUGAUCUACGAUGCCUUGAUCGUCACAUCACUAAACUUAUACAAGCGAUUCCACGCGAUGGCAAUCCCUUCGACUUGCAGGCCAUGUUUUCUAUGAUGACUACUGACACUAUAUCCGACUUUAUGUUUGGACGGUCGACUGACAUCCUGGACAAUGCGUCCGGGGAUGGUCUACGAUUCGGUCGCUGCUUUGACGUAUGUAUGCAGAAGAUCGCCAACCGAGCUCGACUGGGUUGGAUAUCAAUGCUUUUUGGAGACCGUGAGCUAGAUGAAUGUACAGCAUUUAUGAAUGCAUAUGUGGAAAAGUACGUUGCAGAGGUAAGAGGCGAACAAAGUGAGAAGAGCGAGGAAGAACGAGAGAGCAAGAGAUACAUGUUCCUUAGCGAACUACUUCGGACCGGGGAAUCGGAUGAAGCCAUUCGCGAUCAUCUCAUGAGCAUAUUCACGGCAGGUAGGGAUACUACGACGAGUGUACUGUCAUACUUAUUUUUCGAGCUUUCACGACGGCCGGACGUGGUUGCUGCAAUCCGGCGGGAGAUUGAAGAUCUAAAAAUGGACGAUACAAGCCAGCUACCAGCUUGGGAAAGUUUAAGAGCUAUGAAGUACCUGAACUGGGCCGUUAAAGAAGCUCUACGACUUAACCCGCCCGUGGCGGCCAACGCCCGCGAAGCCGUACGCGACACUAUCUUACCUACCGGCGGCGGACCUGACGGAAAGUCGCCUAUCUUUGUAACUAAGGGUACGAUAUUUAGAUAUUUGCCUUGGGCUCUACACAGGCGUCAGGAUAUCUACGGUGAUGAUGCCGACGAGUUUCGUCCUGAACGCUGGGAGACCCUGAGAACUACUUUCGAAUAUGUCCCGUUUAAUGCUGGACCACGAAUUUGCAUCGGGCAACAAUUUGCGUUGACUCAGAUAGCUUUUGUUACGCUACGGCUCCUACAAGCCUUCAAGAAGAUCGAGCGGAAAGACGACAGGCCGCCUAUCCAGAAAUUCGGCGUUAACACUUCCAUGCUGUACGGAUGUUGGGUUAGCAUGACACCUGCGUGA